UCAGUGGCGAAAUAGGGAAAGCAGAAUGACAUUCCCCUUGUUCCUCUUUUCUUCUGCUCUUCCCCUAUUGCACACCCUCAGAAGCAUGGAAUCUUGCAGGCAAGGGCUGGAAGUUGUCUUGGAUUGGGAAAUGGGUUGAAGCGUCCCUCCCCUUGUAUAUAAUACGUAAUUUGGACCUUAGCCCGUAGCUCAGAUUGGUUAUACUGAAGUUGCUUUGCAGAAAGAAGUCUGAAAAAUCCUAAGAACAAUUCAAGUCUUCUUACAAAGAAGUAUGAUGACGCAGCUGGAUAUGGAUUUUAAAGAAGAACAGUCCCUAAAAGAGGAUUUAAAGUUCUACUUCAUGAAUCCAUGUGAUAAAUAUCGAGCUAGACGUCAGAUACCAUGGAAACUGGGACUUCAGAUUUUGAAGAUAGUUUUGGUUACUACCCAGCUCGUCCUUUUUGGUCUGAGUAACCAGUUGGUGGUUUCUUUCAAAGAAGAGAACACUAUGGCUUUCAAGCACCUGUUUCUGAGAAACUACCCUGGCAUUGAUGAGGAUGACUACAGCUGCAGUGUGUACACACAGCAAGAUGCUUACGAUAGCAUACAUUUUGUGGUCGAUCAGUACCGGCAACUGAAGAAUAUAUCCCUGGGUACCCUUGGUUAUGAGCAAGAUGAAGAUGACUUGCGAGGCUUAAAGAUUUGUAAAGAAGAGUAUAAGAAAGGCACAGUACUUUCCUCCAAUGAUACAUUGCACAUAGACAGCACAGUUGAAGAAGAAUGCAUUGUUGUGAAACCACACGACGAAACGGGCCACUUUAAGAAUUCGUCUUUUUUCAACUUUGAGUUUUAUAGGCUGAUACAAGUGAUAAUUUCAUUCAAACUGAAAGGCAUUGAUCUACAAACCAUCCAUUCUCGUGAACUGCCUGACUGCUAUGAGUUUGAAAAUACUAUUACUUUUAACAAUAAAGCCCACAGUGGUAAAAUGAAAAUAUUUUUUGAUACGGAUGCUGAUAUUGAAGAAUGUAAAGACUGGAACAUAACUGGCUCUAUUCAGAAAAACACACAGUAUCUUUUGGUUUUUGAUGGGGCCGUCAUUGUCAUCUGCAUCGCUUCCCUUAUCCUCUGCACACGAUCCAUCGUUCUGGCUCUAAAACUGCAAAAAAGAUUUGUGAAUUUCUUCCUGGAGCGAUAUAAUCGCCACGUGUGCAACGCAGACCGCCUGGAGUUCUUAAACGGGUGGUACGUCCUGGUGAUUAUCAGUGAUGUGAUGACUAUCAUAGGCUCCAUCAUGAAAAUGGAAAUAAAAGCCAAGAAUCUUACAAGCUAUGAUGUCUGCAGUAUUUUGCUUGGCACGUCUACUUUAUUCGUUUGGGUUGGAGUCAUUCGGUACUUAGGCUACUUCCAGACCUAUAAUGUGCUCAUUUUAACAAUGCAAGCAUCGUUGCCCAAAGUGCUAAGGUUCUGUUGCUGUGCUGGGAUGAUAUACCUCGGAUAUACUUUUUGUGGCUGGAUCGUUUUAGGACCAUACCACGACAAGUUUGAAGAUCUGAACACGGUAGCCGAGUGUCUGUUUUCUUUGGUCAACGGCGAUGACAUGUUCGCGACAUUUGCUCAAAUCCAGCAGAAGAGUACUUUAGUGUGGCUCUUCAGCCGACUCUACUUGUUUUCCUUCAUUAGCCUCUUCAUAUACAUGAUCCUCAGCCUUUUCAUUGCCCUUAUUACGGAUGCCUAUGAUACAAUAAAGAAAUACCAACUGAUCGGUUUUCCAGACACAGACCUACAAGAAUUCCUAAAAGAAUGUAACAGUGAAGAAUACAGCACAGAGCCACGAACGUUCAGGAGUUUCUGCUGCUGCAAGAGACGGAAAAGCGAUGACAACUUGAUACUUAUUAACUGAAGAUGGGUGGUGCUGGCAUAAAUUUUUGCACACGUGGAGGUAACUGCUGGGAGAAGCUGAGCCUCCUGAACUGCAGUAGAACCACCGCCAUGUGGUUCUUUCCCCCCUCUACGAACCAACGACUACAACUUUAUAAAGAGAAGUGGUGGAGUCGCCCUGCAGUCCACAGUUGGAAAGCUCAAAAACUGUACAUCUUGAGCUAGCAUUUCAUCAACAGCUGAUGACCAUUUCUUGCUUCUGUUGUAAAUAGCUCAUCUUGCAAGUCGUGGUCAAUGAACUUCAGAGAAUCGGUUAUCAUUUGGUCACUUCUUGAUUUGCAACCUGCUUUCUAGGUAUUUUUAUAUUAAAAUAUAUAAAUGAAACUCACCUCCUAAAAGAACACAGAAUAUUGCGGUUCUUGGUGACAGUACCAUUUUUAAGGUUUCUUUUUUUGGAAUUACAAAUGUAGGUUUUCCCUUUAAACCUAUGCAAAACUUGUACCAUUAUGCUUUCUCUUCUUUCUGGAUUUUGUUUCAUGAAAUUGAUCUAAAAAGCUGUUUGGUCAUUUGAGGUUCACUCAGCCAGAUGUGCACUCCCCCCCUUUAAAACAAACAAAGAAUCAAUCAUUGUGUGUGUCAUCCCUAUUGUCCCCUUGCAUCUAAAUGAGGCUGCAAUUCUUUACAUUGGCCAGGAGAUGAAACUUGCCUGCAAAUCCUUUACAAAUCCAUGGCAAUGGCAGGCCUGUUCGCUCUUCAUUGGCUUCUGAAGCAGAAAAGAGGUUGCACCCUAAAACCACCUGCGGAUGAUAGAGCCCCACCAGGACCCUCUCAGCCAGGAAGGCCUAGAGGGGGCUUUGCCUCCUUCCAAGAUCUACCCUGUCUUCCUUCACCUCUCACUGUCUGCUUGUAACCACUGGCCACCAGGUAUAAAGCAGUAGUGCAGGUGAGGACAAUGCGGGAUUGAGAAGGAGGGUGGAACUUUGGGUGAGCCGCUUGAACUUUAAGGCAAUUAUAAACCCUCAAAGCUGGUAUUAGAGCCCCAAGUCUUUCCUGGCAUCUGCAGUAGAAACAAUGGCAAGUCAAGGCAGGUUGUGUGACUCCUAGCAGUAAAUUCAAAAGAGGGGGAGUCAACAGCACAGGCUACAGCCUGUACCCUAACAAGGAAGGGAGGCAAGCAAACCAAACCAGCCAAAUUGGGGUCCUUUUCUUUGUUAUCCGUUUGGUGGCAGAGGGUGAAUUUUUCUUUUCUUUUCCUUAGGCUGCCCCCAUUAAAUAGCCCUUUGAAUUAGGUAGAGUGGAAUGACAGUUCAGAGUGAGGUGAAUAAUAACCAGGUUUCGUACCAGAUUUUUCCAAAACAAACCCGUGCUUUUGCUAAAAGUUUUAAAAGGCAACAAGCUUAAAAAGCUGUUUCGAGAAAAUUAGUUUAGGAAACCCUGAAUGCAAGGACUUUCCCAUUACAUAAAACCUUUUAUUGAAGUGAAAACGACACAUGUAUUGAUAAUGCUCACGCGCUAAUAUCUGAGUCGGACUUGCAUAGCAGGUGGGACUGGCUUUGUGGAAAGAUCAGGACCUACUGAUCUUAGCCUAGCUUAGCCAGAUGCUUGCCAGAGGUGUGAUAGCCCUUGGUAUCUUUUGGAGCAAAAUAGCUAAAUAGCUUUUCCGUUUUGUUUGUUACAUGGGUGCGUGUUUGUUCUAAGUUUGCUAUAUAUCAGGCAGUGAACUCUUGUAGAUUUCACUAUGUUCGAACUCAGUUCAACUCCCAAUAAUGACAGUGCGACUGAAAAUGGGUUUAUUGGGAAAUGAAAGGUCUAGGAAACCAAGCCAAGAGAGAUGCUGUUGCCCAGUACAUAAGGAAAGAACCUAGCAUGAUGUGCCUUCAGGAAAUUUGCCAUGUUAACUGUUGGCAAUGUUCAUUGAAACAAAAACAAUUAGGACUUCACUUUUCUGCAUCUGGCACUUAAAAGUCUCACGGGAUAGCAAUCAUAUUAUAUUGUAAUUUCCCCUUUCAAUUGCCAUAUAGUUAUUGGCACCCCUCCAGCCCACUAUCAAAGGUUUAUGGGGGAAAGCACAUCACAAUAGCUUUGGUAUACAGCCCCAAUGUAACACAAUGGGACUUUCUCAGAAAGACCUUGACAAAAAUUGCUAAUAUUAACGGGAGGUGAUUUAAAGGUGGUUGGAGACCACAUGCAGACUAACCUUGAAUGAGGAAUAGGGCUGGGCCAUAUCUGGUUUUCAACAUCGUGCUAUAUCACCAGUUAAACAUCUCCAUAUACACAAUGUCUGAAAUAAGGAUGGAGCUAUGUAGAGGCAUUGGCCGGCUUCACUGUUUUUCCUGCAUUGUGAUUUUUGGUGGUGCCUGCUCCUAUGAUUCGCUGCCCCCUGUAGCAGCCAGGGGAGAGUUGAACCAACAAGAGUUAAUGGGAAAAUUGAGAGAAACAUUGGCUGACUUCAUGGUUUUCCCUCAUUGUGAUUUUUGCAUCACACACACACACACACACACACACCAUGAUUUGAGAUAUAUAUUGCCAGGUCAAAAAUUAUGAAACUGAUAUCACGAUAAUGGACUUCAAACCAGUUUUGGACGAUAUAGGUAUCAAUAUAUUGCCCAGCCCUAAUGAGGAAUGGUAGUUUGCUGAAAUGUUUACAAUUUUAUUUAUUAUUAUUUUUACAAAACUGCUGCUUUGAUUAGGCAGAUGAGGGCUCCCAGUCAAAUCAUUAGGAGUAUAGCUUCAAUUCAGCACUCACAGAUCCUUUUCUAAAAUAAGUUAUGUUUUUUCCUCCAUAAACCUUUUUGUGUGCCCAAUCUGCAUCCAGGGUAUGCAAAAUAUUAGUACAUGCCUCAUGACGGCACAAUUCUGUAUUUUCAGUCUCCAUAUGACACCCCAAUUGGAGAUUUAAUUUUAAGUUACUUUGCAAGAAGAUGGACGAGACAAUCCACUACUGUACUACCUUAAAGGCAACAGUGGUAUGGGACUACAAUGAAAUCUGUUACAAGGGGGUUGCAGCAAUUAGUAGUGAAGUUGCAAUUAUAAACAGCAUGACAAAUAAAAACUUAUUAGGAUCUUAAAUGAAGGCAUAAUCUACCUGGUUCUCCAGCAGCAGGUAAAAUAAUGGAAGAUAAAAUAUAUGAACUAGAGAAGAUAAAGCAGAACUGAAGGAUAAAAGAAGAUUUCAGUUGUAUCUUAGAAGUACUUUGAACAAGUAAAUAAACACGCAACUGCCCUUAGAAUAAAUGAAGGAAACUGCCCUUAAAAAGAAAUGCAAAAAUUGGGACCAAGAUGGAGCCAAGACUUUUGAUUCGAAAACAAUGGAAGAUUUGUCAAGUACUAUGCACCGUUAUAUAAAAGCAGUGACUCAGGAAGGAAAUGAAAUGCUCCAAGUUAAUUUCAAAUGUAUUUUGGAGGAUUGUAACUUACCUAAAUGGCAAAGUAACACUGGAGAAAGUGCAAAGGCAAUUAAUAAGCUGAAAAUCUCAUUGACCUGAUCGGUUUUUGAGUGCUUUUCUACAAAGCACUUAGAGUGCCUUAUGCCUUAUUUAAUAGACAGAGGAGGGCGUGCUAGAAACAUGACUGUGGUUCAAAAGAGUAGUUAUAACUACUGAGAGCAUGUUUCAUCAUACUGACCAAUCUUGCUACUUAACACUUUACAUUAAAGUGGUAGAGGAGCUGAACUCAGUAAUUUCUAGCUGUAUUGGUCUGGAUCACAUCUAAGAAAAAUCAACAGUUUUGCAAUUGCUUUUAUUCAGAUUAUUUCCAAACUAUAAUUUCUAGGAACUGCAGUCCAGAGACUUCUAAGACGGAAUUAUUGGUAUGUUCUUCAGGGAAAUCUUACGUUUUAUAAUGUUUGGGUGAUGGGUUGAUCUGUUACUGUGUUUUAUAAACUUGUAUCCCUGCCCUACAAUGUAAAUAUUGUCUAUGGUGACUUAGGAUAAUGUGUAUAUACACUAUUGAAUAAUUAACAUGAUUCUGUGUUAUGAGAUCUGGGCUAGUGUGAGUGCAGGUUAAUCUAGCAAAGAAGAGUAUAUAAUUUUUUUUCUACCCCCAAGAAAAAUCUGAUUUAGUGUUAGCAUUGCGUGUCCUCCUUUAAAAACUAGGAGGAAUAAUAAUUUAAAAAAUGCUGUCCCCAAUGCAUAAUGGAAAUGCUGUGAAUUUCCACAUGGAAUAUGCUUUCAGUAGCUGGAGGCCACUGUGGAGAAAUGUGUUGCAAUCCUACUAUGAAUCAUCUUCAAAGGUUGAGGGAAUGAAAGUCGUUAGUUUAAUUGAAAUGACUCAGCACUCUGUAGCAGCAAGAAAUCUGAGAAUUAGCCCUAAGUGUGGCCUAAGAUGCAGUGGAGGGGAGAGUCAAGACAGCUUUGAACUCUGCAAGCCAACUUUCCUAGUUUGCUGCUAAACCAGAAAGGGAUGCUGUCAUUUGCCAUCUUGGGUGGGUGGGGGGGGGGGAGACACACAACAAACUUAAUGUACGUGGCCUUAGUGAGGUGAGCAGUACAGGUGAGUGUUAUAACCAAGUAGCAAGAUUGGGUGGGUGGUGUCAUUCUGCCAGUGAUUUAAUUCUAGACAGUUUCAUUUUAGUAGCUUUAGAUGGGGAGGCGUAACACAACCACAUGUGUGUCCCAAAUCGGUUGUAUUUAUAAAUGUGCAAAGUUUCCACUCCAGUGAUGGAGUGCGAUUCUGUGACGCUAUUCGUUGUGAGUACAUUUGGUCUAGUCCAGUUCUUGUGUCGUCCCCCCUCCCUACCUUUUCACUGAAAGCCUUUUACUGGAUCAGCUGCAGGAAGGAAAUGAUAAAUGAUCUGGGUUUAAGCCUAAUGACAGAGAGGAAAAGCUAUCUUCAGGACCAAGACAUUAACCAUAAGAGUCUGAGUACCCUAAACCUCCAGAGUUAGGAAUUUCAGUCUUCAAAUGAUUCAGUAUUGAUCAUAUAUUCUUAUAACUGUCCAUUUAUCUUACAUAUUUGUAAAAGACUCUGGAAAAAUGUAGUAUUCUACUUGAUCUACUGACUUGAUUGCUUCCACAGCAGCCCUUUUCUCCAGAAUAGACAUUGUUAAUUCA